AUGGAUGAAAAACCUGCAGAUGGCGCGCAGAAGGUGUCUUUGUACUCGAUCAAUGAUCUAAAGAAUGCAACAGAUGACGCCCUUGCACCCUACCUCACGAAGCUCCCAUUUCCAUAUACAUUCAAGCAGUCGCACUAUUACACGGAUGUGCGCCUCGCUGUUGGCUAUGCCGCUGUCAGUAUAGCGGCCGCAACAUUUUAUGCUGAUUGGAAACUUGGCUGGGAUGCCACCAAAAACUACACGACUGCAGCCUGCGUGCUUUACUUCAUACUGAACAGUUUUCUGACUCUCUGGGUCUGGAAAAGCGAGGCUGGAAAGGUAUUCGUUGGUAUCAGGGAAGGAAAGCAAAAGUUAACGCUAAAGUCCUCUGUGAAGAAGCACGUUCCAAUCUACAGGUUGAAAGUGAGGUACGAAGCUCCUUCCGGGAAGAACUGGGUGGACAAAGAGAUCGAAGGACGCUUUUCGCAGUGGUUCGAUGAGGCUGGCUACCUGCAGCGUGCAGAAUUAAAGAAAUGGCUUGCGAACAACAUUGAGGUUGUUGGCAUGGCUGAUCCACAAAGCAAGAAGGCAAUCGAGGAGUCAAUCCCAGAUGAAGCUGUACAGACGCCAAUCGAGCACCAUCAAAGCCCAGUCCUGGAGACACCGAGUAGUGGGAAGGGUGCUAGAAAAGCAAGGAGAAAAGCUUGA